CGUCAAGCUACCCCGGCCGGCGUCUGUUGUCUUUCUCUCUCUCCGUCUUCUAAAUCCGCCAUAGUGUACAUUUGGUGACGCUUUAUUUGGGACAAAGUCUGUGAACGAUAAGCCGGUUUUAUUGAAAAGAUACUUAUUUCUUUUACUGCACCAAGGGCUCUCAGCCAUGGGAGAUACACAGUAUUCAAACUACAAUGCUGGUGCAGGGGGAGGUGGAGGCUAUGGAGGAUACGGGGGUGGAGGUGCUGGUGGGGGAGGAGGAUACGGUCAGGGAAGUUACGACCAGGGCGGUGCCAAUAACUAUACCCAGCCUCCCCCACAGUCGGGCUGGACUGGGCAACAAGGCUACGGUGCUGCCAGUGGUGGCGGCAACGAAGCUUACAGCCAAGCUCAGAAAGGAGCUUACCAAUAUGACCAAGGAGGCCAGCCUAACUAUUCCCAGCCUCCACCUGCCAGUGGUGGCGGUGGCACAGCCAAUAGUGGCUAUGGCAGCCAAGGAGGCUAUAACAGUGGCAAUGGGGGAUACAGCAAUCAGGGUGGGGGUGGUUACGGUGGCGGAGGUUACAAUCAAGGAGGCGGCAGCGGUAGUUACAACCAAGGCGGUGGUGUAGUGGUGGGGGCUACAACCAAGGUGGCGGUGGCUAUGGCAGUCAAGGAGGUGGGGGAGGCUACAAUCAAGGAGGAGGUGGUGGUGGAGGCUAUGGAGGAGGUGGUGGCUAUGAAGGAGGUCGUGGAGGUGGCGGCGGCGGCGGAUAUAAGAGGCGGUGGUGGCUUCGGAGGCGGCCGGGGUGGUGACGACUUCAUAGUGCAGGAAGAUACUGUCUUUGUCUCCGGCAUGUCUCAGAACACGUCUGAAGAUAUGAUUCAGCAACAUUUCGGCUCCAUUGGUAUCAUCAAGACUGACAAGCGCACUGGCAAGCCCAAGAUUUGGAUGUACAACGACAAAGCAACAGGUAGGCCCAAGGGUGAGGCCACUGUUACCUAUGAUGAUGCAAAUGCUGCCAAAUCCGCCAUCGAUUGGUUUGAUGGGAAGGAGUUCAAUGGAAGCACAAUUAAAGUCCAAAUGGCUACCAAGAGGGACAAUUGGAUGGGAGGCCGUGGAGGAGGCAGAGGAGGAGGAGGUGGUGGUGGUGGUGGCGGCGGCGGUGGUGGAGGAGGAGGAGGACCUGGUGGACGGGGCGGGAGAGGGGGAGGUAGAGGCGGUGGCUUCAGAGAUGGAGGUGACAGAGGAGAUCGUGGAGGCGGUGGUGGUGGAGGCGGCGGUGGCGGGGGCUUCGGGAGCCGAGAAGGAGACUGGAAGUGCCCGAACCCUGACUGCAGUAAUACCAACUUUGCAUGGAGACAAUCAUGCAAUCGCUGUCACACUGAUAGGCCCGGUGGUGGCGGAGGCGGCGGCAACGGUGGAGAUGGUGGUCGUAGAGGAGGUGGUGGCGGUGGCAUGGACAGAGGUCGAGGAGGUGGAGGUCGUGGCGGCGGCGGAUAUGGAGGCGGCGGCGGUAGUUUCGGUGGCCGAGGGGGUGGUGGCAGAGGCGGUGGUAGGGGAGGUGGACCAAUGAGAGGGGAUAGGGGAGGUGGCGACAGAAGUAGGCCGUACUAAACAUUCUCACUUUAAUUUUAACAGAACCCUACCAGUAUGAGUAAAAUAGUAUAAGUUCUUAGAUUAUAUUUUUCCGUAUGUCUUACCUUAUAAAAUCAACCCUUUUUAAAAGUACUCUACUUUUUUAAUGAAUGUGCUGCAAUUGUAAAUCAGUUCCGAAGGGUUUUAGUUUUUGUUAACUGUAAUUGUAUAUUUUAUAAAUAAUUGAUAGACAAGGGAAGAAUUGAAGAAUUUGUGGAUACAAAUUUAAACCAGCCGUGUAUACAAUUGGACUGAGUGUUCAAGUGAAUUUUAAUUUGUACUGUUCUGAAUAAACGUUUUAAUUAUAGGCCUA